UGUGUAAAUGAUUUGCUGGCAAAAUGAAGACAAGUUUCUUCAGCAACGUUAUCCACCAGUGUAUCCUAAAACUGAAACCUUAAAAGAUUUAUUAUUAAAGUCAAGUGUACCCAUACCAUGGAGCACCGCUGGCGCUCCACCGUGUAUGGAACCCGUAUCUGGGCCAUCCGUGCCACCUCGAGUUGGAACUUCAUAUCAGACCGCCCAUCCACAUCCAUGGCGACCAACGUUGAGCUAUGAAAUGAUUGAAGUGAAAAAUCUUGCCGAACAACCGGUAACCAAUCAAUUGGUAAAGCCAACAUUUGCCCCAGCCAAUAUGACCACGGAACCGUUGACAUUUCCAAAUUUAGUAACUGGGUUUCAUCGAAAUCCUCAACAUGCAGCCCGUGCGGCAUUGUAUACACGUUAUACACCGGGCGAAUGGGCCAAUAAUAAUUUGUCGAAAUAUGCAGAAUCGAAUAUAAAUCGCAAUCAAUCGGAACGUUUGCGCAACGAUGCAAUACGUCUUAUGCGUGAAACAGAUGAGAAAACCGCCCAGGGUCAAAGAGAUGCCGGUCGGCGUUUGGGCGAGCGUAUAACAGAUGUGACUUUUUGGCGAAAUGAAUUAAAUACUGAGAUGGAAAAGUUGGUCAGUGAAUCAUCGGCAUUUUCCGAAUUGAAACGAAAAUGUGGCAAAGCAAUGUUGGAUUUGGAGGCACCAUUGCAUAUCGCCCAGGAAUGUCUUUAUCAUCGUGAAGGUCGUGCUGGUGUUGAAAAGGUGCACGAUUGUGUUGAGAAAGCUUUGCUGCUGGAAAUUGAUAAUUUGCGUAAUUCUCGUGACAAACUUAAGGAGUUACAUGAGAGGAUCACAAAUCAAGCCCAUGAUUGUCGUGCUGCCCAACAUCUUUUGGAAGAAGAUGUUUCUGGUAAGGAAUCGACAUUGGGCAUUGAUUCGGUGUGCCAUCAAUUGAAUAAUUAUAGCCGAGGUUUGGCUUACUACGGUGGUAUUGAGAAAUACGAUCCUACGGUGAGCACACAGGAAUCCUGGGCCGAGGCUAGCAGUCAACGUGUUAGUAGAUCACAAGCGGAGAGAGCAAAACUCUCCCAAUUACGCAGUGAUGCAGAGGCCACGGUUAAUGCCAUAGCCACUUCUGUAUGGGACCACUGGAAUAAUACAAACAAUGCCUUUGAUCGUCGUUCCCAAGAAAUGGCAGAAUCGAAAAAUAAAAUCCAAUUGCAUUUGCAUAAAACUCAACAGGAACUAUUCGAUUUGGAGAAACAUAUCUUCCUAUUGCAAAAGGCCAUACAGGAUAAAUCGAAUCCCUUGAAAGUGGCACAAACCCGUUUGGAGGCACGCUCUCAUCGCCCCGGUGUUGAAUUGUGCAAAGAUUAUGCCCAAUUACGUUUGACUCAAGAAGUCGAAGACAUUAAGAGUGUGGUCAACAAUUUGCAUCACAAACUUCAGGAGGCCGAAGCCCAACAUCAGAGUUUGUUGAAGACUCGUGCCAGUUUGGAAAGUGAUUUGCGUAAUAAAGUGAAUGCUUUGUUUAUUGAUCGUGAAAAAUGUAUGGGUCUGAGACGUUCAUUCCCCGUUGAUAAUAUGAUCAAAUAUUAA